GUACAGAGGGUGAAUAUUGAGCCGUUUCGGCCUUCCUGGAAGGGUGCCUGAUGUUGACCGAAGGAAGCAAAUAAAAAGGACAGGCGCGUCGAGAGAGAGCAGGAAACUACUAAACUUCCUGUGGAAGCGAAGUAGAAUUUCAUAAGGACAUAAUGGAUGGAGAAGAGAAAACCUAUGGUGGCUGUGAAGGCCCUGAUGCCAUGUAUGUCAAAUUGAUAUCUUCAGAUGGUCAUGAAUUUAUUGUCAAAAGAGAACAUGCAUUAACAUCAGGAACAAUAAAAGCCAUGUUGAGUGGCCCAGGUCAGUUUGCUGAGAACGAAACUAAUGAAGUCAAUUUUAGAGAGAUCCCUUCACAUGUGCUAUCAAAAGUGUGCAUGUAUUUUACUUACAAGGUUCGCUACACUAACAGCUCCACGGAGAUUCCUGAAUUCCCAAUUGCACCUGAAAUUGCACUGGAACUGCUGAUGGCUGCGAACUUCCUAGAUUGUUAAAUAAAGUAAAUUAUAAUAAACUGUUAACUUUUUUCAGUAUUUAAUACCUGUAGUUCAGUUAGUAAUUUUUUCAUAUAUAGCAUGUUGCCUGUGUGCGAUUGAACUUUAAAGUUCAUUGCAAAGCAGACUAUCGUCUCUUCUUUUGCAUAGCACAGUUGAAAUUUUUUUGCUACAUCAACAGAUUAAGGACAUUUUCACAAAUAAUGCCAGUUGCUAGCUAGUUUUGCCUUACCCUUUGGGUGUGGUUUUUAAAAUUAGAGUGGUGGCAAUAUAGUAAAUGCUGAAAUUUAGUCAUAAAUGAACAUAUUCUACAGGUAAAUAUUGGGCUAUGUAUUUUUAUGUUUUUAGUGUUGUUUUUUUUUUAACCUAUUCUGAUCUUAUAGCCAUCAUUACCAUUAUUAGAAUUAUGCAAAUAAUUGCAUUAUAAACAUGUUUAUAACUUAGCCAAAUGUUGAUUUUUAUAACUCAAAGACAUGAGUUGAAAUUUCUUAUGUGUCUUUUGAUAAACUGCAGUAUUGUUUAAGUGUAUCUUGUCUUUUUGUUCAUUGCUACAAUUUAAGAACUUUAUUUAAAAGCAAUUUGGAAGAUUACUUGGUACGGCUGUUGGAACAGUGACCUUUUGAACUGUAGCCACAUGGUCAAUAAGUAAAGUACAUGACCUUGAUUUCAUGUGUACUGUGCAUUUUGGCCAAUCCAAAGUACUGUAUUUUCAUUGACUAUAAAGCUUCCUUUGCAAUAUUCAUUCUUCUUA